AUGGCGUCCAAAGGUGACAGUGGGAAUUUAGAUGAGGAAAACCGGAGCUCCUCCGUGGACAAUUCUUCGUCAGCACUGAAGACAGAAGCUGCGAAAAGUGUAGAUGCAGAGCUUGAAGCUAUUCUUGACAGUGCAUUAGAAGAUUUUGACAAGGUCAAACAAACAGCAAAGAAAUGUGAGAGUGGUGGCGAAGCUGUGUCACAUACUGUGGGCAAUGCGGGGACAGAUCAGAAGGGUUCAGAACCUCAGAACAAGACACCAUUUCUUCCGGAAGAUGGCCUACCUGAAGAUGCCUCCUACGAUUUCCUGGCGGAUGCCAUGAGCAAACAGUUUGAAGAAACCUUCAGUGCGCUGUUGAACGAUCCCAAUUUGAAGAGACAAUUUGAGGAGCUGGCUGACUCAGCAGAUCAAGCAGCUUCUAGCAAUAAUGCUGCAGCAUUUGCUGACACAGUGGAGAAGGCUUUGAGUGGUCUGAACCUAAAUGCUGAAAAUUUACAGGGAGAUCCAAACCAGCAGGAGCUCUGGGAGCACUUGGCGGAGUCCCUAGGGACAGACGCUAGUGGAGGCUUGGGUGGAGCGGAAGAAGGUUUAGGGGCUAUGUCUGGAAUGUUCCAGAGUAUGGUGAAGCAGUUGCUGUCAAAAGAGCUCUUGUAUCAACCCCUGAAAGAAGUUUCUGACAAGUACAAAGACUACUUGGAGAAAAACAAAAGCAGCCUGGAAGCAGAGAAAGUUACCACAUACAGCAAACAGCUGGAGAUCAUUGAGAAGGUGGUUGUGCAUCUUGACGGGGACUCUGAGCAACACAGCGAGGAGGAGAAGAAUGCAAGAUUCGAAGUUCUUUUAGAUUUAUUACAACGGAUGCAUGAAUUGGGAAAUCCACCGACAGAAGUUGUAGGGGAAGGAAACAUGAUGAUGCCUAACUUGGGUGACUUUGGAAACAUGGGUCAGUUUCCAGGAAUGGGGGGUUUGGGAAGCUCACAAGAUCCAUCGCAGUGUGCCGUAAUGUGA